AUGCUGAUAACUGUGUACUGUGUGCGUAGGGACCUCACAGAGGCAACCUUUUCCCUCCAGGUCAGCCCUGACUUUGAGCUCUGCAACUUCAGAGUCCUCUGUGAGCUUGAGUCUGGUGUACCUGCUGAGGAGAUUCAGUUCGUCUACAUGGAACAACUCCUCACAGAUGACCAUUGUUCCCUGGGCACCUACGGCCUCAAAGAUGGUGAUAUGGUUGUACUACUUCAGAAGGACAAUGUGGGACUUCGGACUCCAGGAAGGACCCCAAACCAGCCUCGAGCAGAUUUCACCGGGUCAGCCAUACCUGGAACAUCAAGUACCCGUCACCAUCAUCAUCAGCGUCAGCAACGUAUACCAUCAACACAAGCGCACGGAUUGGCCUCGGGAGAGAAUAUGGCCUAUGCUCGGGAUCUCAAUAGCCCUGCUCUGAUUCGCAGCAUGCUGCUUUCCAACCCUCAUGAUCUGUCCCUGUUGAAGGAACGGAAUCCCGCUUUGGCUGAAGCUCUGCUUAGUGGAAGCCUCGAGACAUUUUCUCAGGUCCUGAUGGAACAGCAGAGGGAAAGGGCAUUGAGAGAGCAAGAGAUGGUUCGUCUUUAUUCUGCAGACCCAUUUGAUCAGGAAGCUCAGGCUAGAAUAGAAGAAGAAAUCAGACAACAGAAUAUUGAAGAAAAUAUGAACAUAGCUAUGGAAGAGGCUCCAGAGAGUUUUGGACAAGUGGCUAUGCUCUAUAUUAACUGCAAAGUGAACGGGCACCCUUUAAAGGCUUUCGUUGACUCGGGUGCUCAGAUGACUAUCAUGAGCCAAGCAUGUGCUGAGAGAUGUAACAUCAUGAGACUGGUGGACCAGCGAUGGGCCGGGGUUGCUAAGGGAGUGGGCACACAGAGGAUUGUGGGCCGAGUUCAUCUGGCUCAGAUUCAGAUUGAAGGUGAUUUCUUACAGUGCUCUUUCUCCAUACUGGAAGAGCAGCCGAUGGAUAUCCUUCUAGGGCUUGAUAUGCUCAGGAGGCAUCAGUGUUCCAUCGACCUAAAGAAAAAUGUGCUGGUCAUUGGCACCACCGGCACACAAACACACUUCCUUCCUGAGGGAGAGUUGCCCUUGUGUGCCAGACUGGUGAGUGGAACUGUGCAAGAAGACUCUUCGGAUAAGGAAGUACCAGGCAAUAUCAUCAAACAUCCAGUCAAGGGUCCAGGACGAAAACAGCAUUGA